AUGCGUGAGCAGCGGCUGAGACACAAUCCGAAUCCGAGUUACGAUACACCACCUCAGCAUGAGGUAUCACCGCCCAACUCGACCAGAUCAAGACCAGCCAACGGCCAGCAUGGUAACAUGGCAGCAGCAACAAUCUCACGACCGUCGCCAGCGCCUCAGUGGCCGCUGCAGAGCCCUGAUGCAGCGGACCCCCCAGAUGCAGGUGCAUACCGUCCACCACCCGACCGACCUCGAGUAGCCCCCCAAAGGCCGCCACGCCCAAGCCAAGUCCCGUCCAUGGUAGACCAGUCCCGCCCACAGCAACCAACUCCCGUAUUCCGUGUCCCAGAACCCGCCAGCCCAUCAGAACUCGAUAGCCCUACUUCAGAGACUUCAGAUCGCCCGAGGAGAAGCGCAAACCUGGGGCCACCACCCUCUAGCAGGAGAGGACAGUCGUCCUUUUACUCUGCCACAUCUUUUGUAUCUCCGAUUCCCGAAGAACACUCAGCCUAUACGUCUCACAACUCUUACGCUUCGAGCGCUGCUAUGCCCGAUUCAUGGAAAGCUGCAUCUGUGGGUGCUAGCCCGGGCUUUCAUGGAGGAGGAUUCUACGAAGAAUCCUUGACGGAGAGAAGCAGAAAUUCCGCCGGGUCAGACGAUUAUAGUGACGAGAGUGGGCUGGUAUCUGGCCAAGACGAAUAUGCGCUUCAGACACUCACUAGCCCACACUCUCAUGGAAAGAAGCCGGCUUCUGCCAACCCCUUUCAUGAUGGAACCGGCCUUGUCGACGAGUCCACCGACUCUUCUUCCAACAACUUGCCGAACAAGCAGAUUCCAGCAGCCACUGACCGCAGGGCAAGCCAUAUCGCAGCAGUCCCUAUAAGCCAGCCCGGCAUGAUGAGCCCGGCAGAUUUACGCAGAGCCGCGGGAUCACCCCCGCCGACCAGCCGCCUUUCUGCCAUUAGACGCCCACCGAGACUGGAUAUCGACGCCGUGCGAGAGGCUGAAUCAAGAGGAAGUCUUACCAGCUUACCAGAUUUGAUCCGACGAGCUACCCGUCUCGCUUCGAUGAUUGACAAGGGCAAACGGCCAUCAAGCCGCCUUGACGAACUCGACUUCUUUAACGAAAAGGCGAGCAGUGGUAGUGGAGUGAAGCGUUCUUUCGACGAUCGCUAUCAGUCGGGCCUUUCGGAUAUGCUGGCUGCCUUCCCACCUCCUGUGCAAACUCCUGUACACACUCACCGACCCACGGAUGCCUGGCCUUCGGUGCCCAGAGGACCCUACACCGGUCGUGAGAAGUACAUGAUGACCCCUGAUGACCAAGAGGUGCCGGCCGGUUCCAAUGCCAAGUCCAAGGCUCGCAGGUGCUGCGGCUUGCCCGUAUGGGCCUUCAUCCUAAUCAUCUUCUUGAUGCUGUGUAUCAUUGCGACUGCUAUCGUUAUACCCUUGGAAUAUUUUGUAUUCAAAAACCUGGGCAAUAACAGCAAUAAAUCAACGACAGUCAACAUUCAAUCUUGCGCAAAGUCUUUGCCGUGCCUGAAUGGCGGCAGCGGUGUCGUUAUUAAUGGUACGUGCUCGUGCAUCUGCACCAACGGAUUCACGGGAGCCAACUGUGGCACAAACGGCUCAUCGGGCUGCACGACGACAAACUUGAUUCCAACGGACGGCUCUGCUCACAUCAACAACGUCACACUCGGCAUGGCCAUACCACGCAUCAUUGCCGAUUCGGACAAGAACUUUACCAUCCCCCUCUUGGGUACAGAGAUCCUGGCUAGGUUUAACACGGGCAACCUUUCUUGCAUCGCACAGAAUGCUCUUGUUACGUUUGAUGGCCAGUCCACGAGAACUGGUGGGGCCAAUGCACGAGUUCAGAGUACUUCUGAUAAUGCUCAACAGGCAACCAACAAGGACUCUGGGCCAACUCCUGACCUUAUAUCCCGAGACUUUGUGGCUGUUUUGGACAAAGUGCCAUCACGAGUUCGAAGGAGCAGCCCCUCGUCCACGAGCUCUUCUUCACCCCAACAGACAUCCAUGUUUACCGUCACGCAAGAAGUCCUCGAUUUUGCUCGCACAGCCGUGCUGUACGUGCUCCAAGAAGACAGUAUCGACGCUGCCAAUACAGCGCAGACUCAGCUCCAACAGUUUUUCACCCAGGCUUCUCAAGCAAUUACAAAAUACGGCUCCGAAGUGACAGUCAAACAGGCAUCGAGCAUCUCCAUCGGAGGGAAUAGAACGGUUGACCUGGUUGACGCUACGGUCGACAUUGGCCAAGGACCUGUGGGAAGUAAGAAGACGUCAAAACGUGGCCUCUUUUUCGGCUUCUGA